GACGGUCUGGUUCGUGUUUAAUUUCUCCAAGUUUUACUGACCACGUACUUGUUAUGUGUAUGGCUGAGCUGGUCUAUUAGCAUUUCCCCAUUUCUGCGAUAAUUGGCCACACCCUCCUUGUAUGCUAAACAAAGAAACCAUUAUUGUUGAUACAGUGGUGACCGACGUGGAGCGAAGCCGAUAUUGCGACGUAAAACCUUUUCCUUCAAAAUUCCCAGCCCCGCAUAACAAAGACAUUUGUCGAACGCAGUGUAGACCUAGUCGUAAAUAGGAAUAAUUUCACUUCAUUUCUCAAUCUUCAUACAACUGUCUUCCCAGUUUACAAAUACAUGUGUGAACAUCACAUAAAUUCUCCCCUUUUACCACACGUUCGUAGCCUUCGUACCUAAUGGAUGAAUAUUUCCCCUUACGGGUUCCCCAUCUAUAUUUUCUAUUUUCCUUUUUAUUGUUGCUUAACCUCUUUUCAGCCCUCGCUGAACAAACUUCUGACCGAAUGUGUCCAGCCUUACUAUUCUAGUCUUUUUUUUUGGUCUGAUAUUGGAUAACAUAAUCCUAAACAAUGUGUCUCCUUUCUUUUAAGACAGUCGUAUAUGAUUUGAUUUGGCUAUUUAUUUGCUUGUAGGUCGAAGGACUAUACAUUAGUCCCCCCACCAAAAAAAAAAAGAAAAAACUUGGACUGCGACUAUACUGGGUCACCGCCAGUACUUAUAUUUAAAAUCUAGUACUUAUUCUAUUGGUCUCUUUUGUCGAACUGCAAAGUUACAGAGACUUAAACAAAUCAACACCAAUUGUCAAAUGGCAGGGAAAGGCACAAAUACAAAAGCGCACAUACAAAUUCGACAGGCUUUCACACAGUUUCCGUCUACCAAGUUCACUCACAAGGCAUUGGUUAGCCUGCGGCUGUAGUAGUUGAAGACAUUUGUCUGAGGUGCUGUGCAGUGAGACUGAACCCGAAGCUAUGUGGUUGUGAAGCGAUCAUCUUAACCACACCCCAUGCCUUUUAUUUAAAAAAGUACAAAAAAAAAUUGGAGAGCACGCACGCGUGUAUGUACGUGUGCAAACAAAUGGCGGAAGAGACAAAAAUUACCAAACCUUCUAAUGGUGCUGACCAAACAACGUGCAAUAAAUGUUCACAGGAUGGUGAAAGUUCUGUAAAAGACUGUGACCAAUGCCAACCAGUGCCAAAGCAAUUAUCUUCUGAUACUGUAAAUUCUCCCUCAGAACCUGAUGUGUUGCAGUCAUAUAAACAGAAAGCAUGGUACCAGAAAUUUGUAAUUGUGCUUGAUAGCGAGGAUGAGGAUGGAAGUGAUAAAGAAUGUAGUGAUUGUGAUAGUGGUUAUAAUGAAUGUGAUGAGGAAAAUACUGAAAAGACCAGUGAUAGUAAACCAAAUUCUCUUCCUUCUUCAAUUGAUCCCAAAGAACUUGAGGCUUUGGAAGAAUUGUUCAAAAACACAGACUGGAUGGGUUCUGGAUUAAAACAAUCUUGUGAACAAUAAAUAUUUCACUGCGUUGGGUUAUACAAAUCCAUUUCAUCGAACAGUAUUUUCUUCCUUUACAAUGGCUCCAACUGUAUAUUCUACCAAGAACUCAUCUCAGUCCAUUCAUCAACUUCACACAGAAAAAAGAGGCCCUCCCUCCAAUUUCCUCAUAUCUAUUACACAUGAUUUAAUUUGAAAGAAUGUCUUUCAUUCUUGAGAGGAGGAAUUUUUUAACAUUUUAGAUAAAUUCUAAUUAUUCCAUGAAGAUAUUUUCAUUAUUCAUUCCAAAUAAAUGUAUAUAAUUUUAAACUUGAACAUUAUAUCUGCUAAUAAUGAUGAUGGAAGAUAUAUAACAAAACUCUAAUUUUGAAAUGUACAGUAAGCACUGCAGUGCGUUACAAAAUUGUCGGAAUAACUGGGUUUUUUUUCUAAACAAAAUAAUUUGUGCAUAUUUAAAACUAACUUGCAUUUUAAUUAUUUUUAAAAAAUAAAUUCACCAUCUAAAUCAUGGUUUAUGAAAUUUAGAA